AUGAACGAGACCGAUGAAUUAUACGAGAUGUCGAUGACUAUUCCAAAGGCUGAUGAAGAUGACGAUUUUGCACUUAGAAUACGUUCUGAAAAGUCAAUUCCAAAUACAUUGUCAACACCACCUACAGUAGUCCAUCAUAGGCAUCACCAUCAUCAUAAUCAUAAAAAGAAUCGACGCGAGAAAAACGAGGAGCUUUGUCAGAAUCAGCGGAAAAUAGUCGAGUUGAAUACCCAGAGUCACGAGUUUGAUCCUCCUUUCGUAGUAGAAGUGAGAUGUCUAAAUACUCAGUCAUCCAAUGGAAAUGUAUUUUCCGGUCAAGAACAGACGUGUUUCAAAGGAAUGUUACGAUGUGUACAGCAAUAUGCAGAUGUCCACGUCUCCCGUCGUAGUGUCGGCUCCAUCCACUGGCAUCCCUAUACAAUUUCCGAUGUUCCCGUAUCUUGCCAAUGCAUGUGGCCCGUCGACCGAUACGGUCAUCAAGAAUUCUAG